AUGGCCGACUCUCAAGUUACCCUGCGCACGCGCAAGUUCAUCCGCAACCCUCUUCUCGGACGCCGUCAGAUGGUCGUCGACGUCCUCCACCCCAACCGCGCAAACGUUUCCAAGGACGAGCUCCGUGGCAAGCUUGGUGAGCUGUACAAGGCCAAGAAGGAAGAUGUCUCCGUCUUCGGUUUCAAGACACACUUUGGUGGUGGCAAGAGCACCGGCUUCGCUCUCAUCUACGACAGUGCCGAGGCCAUGAAGAAGUUCGAGCCCCGCUACAGGCUAGUACGAUACGGCAUGGCCACCAAGGUCGAGAAGGCCAGCAGGCAGCAGCGGCAAACAGGCAAGCAACGCAAGAACAGGAUGAAGACUUUCCGAGGCACAGCCAAGGCCAAGGGUGGCGCGAAGAAGGAGAAGAAAUAA